AAGCGAUAGCAUGGCAGCCUACCGGACUGAUUUCUAGCCCAACUCUCGUUUUGCUGUCUCCGAUUUUUUAUUUUGUGUUUUGAGCAGAGAAAAGGAGAUCGGCCAGAUUUGUUUUGUAGUCUCACGGGCACCGUAGUCGUUGAUCGCCCCCCUCGCAGCCGGACUCUGCGAAGCUGCUGACAGUUAGCGCGGUAGCGACUGAGCUAGCGAGCUGUAGCCGUAGCUCGGCUUUCUUCGCCCGGUCGAGAGUUCCGAGUGGCCCGAGCUGGGACUGUGUUCACACCGACGCGAUCUGGUGACUCUGGGGUGAAGUGCUUGUGACUGUUUAAUCGCCGCCAUGCCUAAAGGAGGAAAGAAGGGUGGACAUAAAGGUCGAAUGAGAACAUACACAAGCCCGGAAGAGAUAGAUGCACAAAUGAAAGCUGAAAAGGAACGGAAGAAGACUGAAGAUGAAGAAGGAGCAGCAGUGAAUGAUGAUGAACAAACAGAAGACAAACUAGCCGGAUCAGGCUCAGAGGACAGUGAUGAUGGCGGCUCUCAAAAAAGAAAAGGUGUGGAAGGUUUGAUAGAAAUCGAAAACCCUAAUCGUGCCGCUCAGAAGUCAAAGAAAGUAACAGAAAUAGAACUGGAGGGACCCAAGCAGCUCUCCAGAAGAGAAAGAGAGGAGAUAGAAAAGCAGAAGGCCAAGGAAAGAUACAUGAAGAUGCAUUUAGCUGGAAAGACAGAUCAAGCCAAAGCAGACCUUGCCCGGCUUGCCAUAAUCCGAAAACAACGUGAGGAGGCAGCAAGGAAAAAAGAAGAGGAAAGGAAAGCAAAAGAAGCUGUACAGGCGGCAGCAGCGGCAGCAAAAGGACUUCAUACAUUGUCCCUCAAAUAAUACAGAGUUAAUGAAAUAAGACAGUCUGAAAGGUUUUGAACUUGUGGGACAGUGCAGUAUACAGUAUCCAUUGAUAGGAAUAUUUAUGCAUUCUGGAUGCUAACCUUCAAAGUAGGCAUUUGAUAGUUGAUGCUGAAGAUUGAGGCUCCUGAAGAAGGGUUAGAUGUUUUCACCAAAGUGGCUAAUUUAUCUAGUUAUACAUAUAUAUAUAUAUAUAUAUAUAUAUAUAUAUAUAUAUAUAUAUAUAUAUAUAUAUAUAUAUAUAUACAUAUAUAUGUAUAUAUAUAUAUAUUUCAGUCAUGGCCGAAAUGUUGGCACCCCUGAAUUUUUUCUCCCUGAAAAUUAUUGCAAUUACACACGUUUUGUGUAAUUGGCCGGACAAAAUUAUUGGCACCUUUUCAGAAUUGAGGGUAAAUAACUUUGUUUCAAGCAUGUGGUGCUCAUUCAAACUCACCUGUGAUAAGUAAAAGGUGUGGGCAAUUUAAAAAUCACACCUGAAACCAGAUAAAAAGGAGAGAAGUUGACUCGAUCUUUGCAUUGUGUGUCUGUGUGUGCCACACUAAGCAUGGAGAACAGAAAGAGGAGAGAUCUGUCUGAGGACUUGAGAACCAAAAUUGUGGAAAAAUAUCAACAAUCUCAAGGUUACAAGUCCAUCUCCAGAGAUCUUGAUGUUCCUUUGUCCACGGUGUGCAACAUAAUCAUGAAGUUUACAACCCAUGGCACUGUAGCUAAUCUCCCUGGACGUGGACGGAGGAGAAAAAUUGAUAAAAGGUUGCAACGUAGGAUAGUACAGAUGUGUUGGAUAAGUAGCCGCAAUCAAGUUCCAAAGAAAUUCAAGCUGUCUUGCAGGCUCAGGGUGCAUCAGUGUCACCGCAAACUAUCCGUCGACAUAAAAAAGCUGGACUGCAGUUUGCCAAAAUGUACGUGAGUAAGCCAAAAUCCUUUUGGGAAAACGUCUUGUGGACAGAUGAGACCAAGAUGGAGCUUUUUGGUAAAGCACAUCAUUCUACUGUUUACUGAAAACAUAAUGAGGCCUACAAAGAAAAGAACACAGUACCUACAGUCAAAUAUGUUGGAGAUUCAAAGAUGUUUUGGGGUUGUUUUGCUGCCUCUGGAACUGGCUUAACUGUGCGCAAGGUAUCAUGAAAUCUGAGGGUUACCAAAGGAUUUUGGGUUGCAGUGUAGGGCCCAGUGUCAAAGCUGGAUUUGCCUCCUAGGUUAUUCCAGCAGGACGAUGACACCAAACAUACUUCAAAAAGCACCCAGCAAUGGAUGGAAACGAAGCACUGGAGAGUUGUGAAGUGGCCAGCAAUGAGUCCUGAUCUAAAUCCCAUUGAACACCUGUGGAGAGAUCUUAAAAUUACUGUUUGGAGAAGGCAUCCUUCAAAUAUGAGAGACUUGGAGCAGUUUGCAGAAGAGGAGUGGUCCAAAAUUCCACUUGAGAGGUGUAAGAAGCUUGUUGAUGGUUAUAGGAAGCGAUGGAUUUCAGUUAUUUUUUCCAAAGGGUGUGCAACCAAAUAUUAAGUUCAUGGUGCCAAUAAUUUUGUCCAGCCCAUUUUUGGAGUUUUGUGUGAAAUUACGUCAAAUUUGCCUUUUUUUCCUCUGUUUUUUGUGUUGUUCCAAUACACACAAAGGAAUUAAACAUGUGUAUAACAAAAUAUGUGUAAUUGCAAUAAUUUUCGGUGAGAAAUACUUUCAGGGGUGAAAAAUUCAGGGGUGCCAACACUUUUGGCCAUGACUGUGUAUAUAUAUAUAUAAAAAAUAUAUAAAAUAUUUAUUAACAUUGAUUCAUGUGGGAGUGAAUUUUCUAACUGCUGUCUCGGAGUGAAUUAUUGUAAGAUGGAAAAUCACGAUAAUCAGGUUUUGUUGAAUCGGUUUCAGUGGUAUUAAAGAAAUGUCCAGGGGACGUGUGUGAAUAUGUGUUGGCAAAGAUAAAUAUCAGUAAAAUGAUCAGGUUUCUUGCUUAUUGGGGUUAAACUCUUUGUUCAAUCUCUUUCUGCUAUUAAACUCAUUAACUUGUUUGUUAACCAGCCAUUCAUAAAGCUGUCCUGGAGGGCCCAGUAUAUGUAACUGGUGAACACUUUGAUAAGUACAAGAAUGUUUUAUAUAGUAAUAUAUAGCUCUGUGAAUGUAGUCUAAGAAUUGUUUACACCAUUCUCUUUUACUUUCAAGUAGGUGCCCAACAAAAUUUUCAACUCAGCCAAACAUUAUGGAACAGACUAAUUGAGUGGGGAGGUUGUGAAGGAGAAGACAGACAUCGAGCCGUGUAUUUGUAAUGUGUAACUAGUGAACGUGGCCCAUUAUGCAAAGCAGCCUUAAAUGUACAACAGCUUGACUGAACAUCUGUAAGCAAGAUAUAGUACCACUGAUAUAGAAAAAGUACCACUGAUGCAUAUUAACAAAGAACAUACAUAAGCUUAUGUAUAAAAAAGUAAAAAAUAAAUAAAGAGUUGCAGGAAUGUA